UUGGGACAUAUUUAGUGACGUUAUACUUUUUAGAUAAAUAAAAUAAGUUAAGUACUAAAAAAUGAAUUAUGUGAAUAAGGAUAUGUGACGACGAUGGGGAGACAUGAGGCUGAGAAAACAGCUGUACAGGGGGACAGGACUUGACCCCCUGCUGUACAUAAUGUGUUGCUUCCUGGUAUUGUGUUUGGAAACAUUGGCAAUUGGAGGUGCAGUCUGCAUAGUAUGCCUCAUCCUACAUAUCAGCUCUCCAUUAUUCUCAGUGGUCAAAGCUGCAUACAGAAAGCAUAUUUAUCAAAGAUUGUUUGAAUCUGACCUACGCCUUGAGGAAAUGAGACGGAUUCUAUCAGAACAAAAGAGACACAAAGAAAGACUUGAAUGGCAUAGAUUUAGACCAAUGUCAGGUGAAUCACAACUAGCUAAAGAACUAUUUGAUAUGAUUAACUCUACCAUGAACCCUGGGAAUUGUACAUCAGCGAAGUAUCUAUUAUGUGAAUGGAGCAAGGAUGCAUCUUGGGGUCUGGGGAGUGUUAUCCAUCAGUUUAUACCGUGUUUAUCAGCAGCAGUGGCCACACGUAGAGUGCUCCACAUAAAUGCAGUGACCUUUUUACCAAAUUCAUGGGGGACAUAUUUACUACCUCCAAGCGAUACAUGUGAUGAUCACCCCUUGAUAGAUAUCCAAGACUGGAAGAUGGUGAAAACUCCAGAGAAGAGUGUGGCAAAUACUCUACGAUUAACACUACCUAAUAAAGGUCUAGAUGGUCCAAAGGAUAUAUUCCAUCCAUUUCGUAUUCCUGCUAAGUUUGCAAAUAUAGUAGGAAACCACCAGGUACCAGAACUUUGGAUGGUUGGACAAUAUGUAAGAUAUCUGGUACAGCCAACAAACAAACUUAAAAAGUAUAUCUCUGAUACAGUAACAAACAUUGGUUUCAAAACACCAAUUGUUGGUUUACAUAUAAGACGAGGAGAUAAAGUAUUUGGUACAUUGAAGGAAGCUGAUAUUAUCCCUCUAAGCAAAUACAUAGCAGAAAUAGACAAGCAUUUUGAAGUUCUCAAAAUACCAACUAAAACAAAAAAACGAGUAUUUUUAGCAACAGAUGACACAAAUGUUUUCAAUGAAGCUAGUAUUACCUAUAAACAGUAUACAUUUAUACAGUUAGAAUCUGAUAAGACAAACCGUAGUAACUUCAUGGAGACUUUAACUGACAUGUUCCUAUUGGCAGAAACUGACUAUUUUAUCGGAACAUUUUCAUCAAAUUUAGGUCGUUUGGUUCAUGAAUUACGACAGCAACGUUAUAUUGAUGGAAGCUGUAUGACAUCCUCAUUAGAUGAUGCUACUUAUUCCUACAUUUCAUGUUGUUACCUUGGCUCUAUUGUGGAAACUAAACCACUUAAAUGCAAUGAGGCCAUUGACAAACAAAAAGAAACAUCAUAUUCCAUUUUGUAAUAUUCCUUUCUUAAUUAAAGCUACUUCAGUGGGGCCUACCUGGGAAAACAUAAAGUUGCUUCAUUUAACGAAAAUCAAAUCAACAAUUCCUGGGUCAUUGGUUCCAUAGGAUUUUACCCAACAAAAGUGCUGGCCAUUUUAAGUUUUUUCAAGAAUUUUUGUGAGACUUUAAAACCAUAUUUAUACUAAACCAAUGUUGAAGAACUCAAUAAGCGAGUUAUUGACCAUUAAAUGUCAACAUUCAAGUGGGAUUUUUUUCUACAAAAAUUUUUAUUUUUCAUGAUCGCAGAGGAGAAAUCCGGAGACCCCCUCUAGCAAUUCCCAAAACAUUUUUACUCAAUUAAUCAAAUAACUAAACAGUGUACAAAAAUCAUGGAAUACCAAUUUCAUAUUGUUAAAUGUCUUGGAUGGAUGAGUGGCAUUUCUGGCAAGAUAUCACAAUACAUGUUCAAAACAACAAGACACAUGGUGAAUAAUAUUGCACCCUUAAAACAUGUAUUCAGCUUCCACAAACAAGAUUUUAGAAUAAAAAACAGAAAUGGCCACCUUAACAUUUACCUAGAAUACCAAAAAAUUAAUAAUCAGUUCUAAACUUUCAGACAUAGAAACAUCCCCUUAAUUUCAGAUGAAUUCCUUAUAUGGUUUGGCUGUAAACCUGUAGACAAGCCUUGACAGACAAGAUUUUAGGACAGAAAAUCCA